CAAAAAAUUAAAUUGUGGAGGGCCCCGUCAUCACUUUUUCUCCCUAUACUUGCACCUGGCAUAAAUAAAACUGCUGACUGCUUAUAAUAAAGUCAAUCUUUGAUUAAAGGUUAGAUAAUCAGAAGUAGUGGCUUCAGUUCUGCAUUGCCAGUUUCCCCCAGCUCCAAAACGAAGGUAAAUCUGGGUCAGAGGUCGUGUGAGAGACCGCAUGUUUUCCUGCUAAGUUUAUUUUCAGAGAUCACAACGUUUGGUGGGAAGUAAAGUUUCAGUUCCUACUUUGUUUGGACACCUCCUUUAUAAAUGACACCCCAGCCUCGCCACUGUGCCGUGAAAUGAAGCAAUGUUCUUCCUCAGCCCGGUAUCAGAACCAAACCAAACCCAAAUCCUGUUUUCUCCAGGGAGCGAGUGGCGCUACGUGAUUCUCUCCACAGUCUGCUCCGUUCCCAGUGGGGAGAUUGAGAAGGAACCGGAUGGCGCCUGGAUGUCCAAACAUGUUGGCUUUGUUGGAGACCCCCACCAGAUCAACGUAGCCAUCACCAGAGCCAAGGAAGGACUUUGCAUCAUCGGCAACCAGAAGCUGCUGCAACUCAGCCCUUCAUGGCGCCACCUGCUGGACUACUACUGUCUGCACAGCGCACUGACGGAUGCAGAGAAGAUCUCUGUCUGAAGCCGAUCGUCAGCUGGGACGGAAACCAUGGAAACCACAGGACUCUCAUGUGUCACUGCUUUAUCCACUUUCCAGACACUUUGGUGAUUUUACAUAAAUUAUUGAUGUCUGUUUGAUGAAUUUCUAUGUAAAACUAAAAAUCAUGUUUGCUGAGAAUAUUAAUGCCACUUCACAGCUGAGCUGACCCCAGGGAACAAACGGGUCCAGUUCUGAUUCUACCCUGGAUGAAUUUAUCCAAUCACUGAUCUCAGGUUUUUAUGGUUGUGAUGAAUCAUCUCUGAUGAUGUUUUACUUUAAUUUAACAAGCAUUAAUUUUAAAUAUUAAUAAUUGUUGCUUUUGGUCUCAUUAAACUGGGUUAAACAACUCAAA